AUGGCUGAGCCAGACUACGACGAUCCAAACAUGCCUCCUCCAGAUGCCAUGGGCGAUGACAGACCCUCAGAUAACGACGACCAGCUCAACGACGUGAGUCCCGAAUUUGACGACCCCGAGCCGGCAGCAGCUGCGUCAGACGAUGACGACGAAUCGCUACUAUCAGAAGUCGAUGAAGCACAGUUCGCCGACUUCGAUCCAGAAUCGGUGCAAGUCGCUCCAGAUUUUGAGACCCUCAACAAACUAGGCCGAGUCAGUAAACGUCAAAGACCUGAAGGCGAAGAGGCUCCCAAAAAGCGCAAAGAGGGACGGCGCGAGAAGAUCAAGAGGAACAAGCGAGGACGAGAAGAUAGCGAGGAUGGAUUUUCUGGAGGUGAGGAGAUCGAGGGGAAGCGCCAGCGCAAAUCAAAGCCUGGUGGUGAUGGCGAGAGGAAGAAGCCCGUACGGGUAGAGAUCAAUGAAGAUGAUCUGCCACCGGAGGAGAGGAGACGGCGGGCGCUGGAUCGUGCUAUGGAUGCAGCCGUAAAGAGAAGUACCACGCGCCGCGUCAAGAAGGGCGAGAUUGAUCUCGAGUCGAUGGCCGAUCAAGAGAUUGAGGAUAUGCGCAAUCGUAUGACCAAGGCCGCUGAAGAAGACGGUGAGCUCGUCCGGCAAGGAUUACCAGCAUCCCAGAAGCUUAAGAUGUUGCCGCAAGUCGUCGCCCUCCUCAAUCGCAACCAAUACACACAAGCGAUCCUUGACCCUGAAAUGAACCUUCUCGAGGCGGUUCGCUUCUUCCUCGAACCGCUUACAGACGGCUCACUACCAGCCUACAACAUUCAGCGCGAGCUUUUCGCAUCCCUUGCUAAGCUGCCCAUGACCAAGGAAGCACUUAUUUCCUCCGGCAUUGGCAAAGUCAUCGUCUUCUACCGCAAAUCAAAACGCACCGAGCCCGUAAUCAAGCGGCAAGCCACUAAAUUAAUGGAGGAAUGGUCCAGACCACUGCUGCAACGGAGUGAUGACUACACCAAGAAGCAGUUCAAGAAAGUCUACUAUGACCCAAGCACCAAGGCCGAGACGACGGGCGCAGCCAAGGUCACACGGAAAGCGGCGGAUACCGUUGGUCCCGGAAAGAAAGAUACGAACCGUGCGAGACCGCUUCAUGGCGCUCUCAGCUACACUAUUGCACCGCAGGUUAGCAACAUGGCGUCUAGACCGAGGUGA